GUUACUUGAGUCCAAGACAGUGGUGCACAAUGUCUCACUUCGCGACGCCUUUUAUAGUGGUAAAUUUGGGGUGUGAGAUGGUGUAUGUCAUCGACCAGCGCUUGAGGGCACAAAAUAUUACUCUGGAUAAAUCUGAGAGAGUGCUCACCGAUGUGGUUACAGUGCUACUUCAUCCCAAACUCCUGGACGAGCUAUUUAUACCGCAGCCGGUGGCCACCCACGUCGUCAUCAAGCAACUGCUUCAAGAUAUAUCGGCCACGUCUAUUAUGAAACUAGACGACUAUUCCAUGUCCAAAUUAUGGGAUUUGAUGACCAUGAUCUUCAAAUGGCAGCUUUCUGUAGCAACAAACCAAAAUAUUUUUGACAUUAGCCGGCGACACUUGAGAAGUGUGGCCACACUCAUGCCUCAACAUUUCCCAAAAUGUAUUAUUGAGCAGGCGAUGAGGAGAUUUGAAUCUUUAGCCCAAAAAUUCACUGAUGAUGAUUACAAAUCGCUGAGCAACACCUUGAUAUUAUGGUUUUCUGAAUAUCAUACAAAGAUUUCAGUUUUACUGAGAUUGGGACUUCAAAAGAAAGAUGGAACGUUUAGUUUGCCAGCAACAAUAAAUUCAAGGAUUUUACAAAAUCUCGGAGAAAACAUUUACAUUUAUGACAAUAAGAAAAAUCCUGCUGAUGAAUAUGAAUCUAAAUGUGCUGAUACUUGCGAAAUCAGUUGCCUCCUUGGGACAAUAGAUCCUACGCCUAGCAAACAGGGAGUCAUUGAGUUGCACCUGCCUAUCGAAUUUGGGAAAGGAGUUGCUAAGAAAACAAUUGAACUUCCAAGAGAUACACAUUUUGAGAGCAUUAGCACUAAUGUUAAAAUAAAGAAUACAGAACUUACAUUCACUCCAGAUAUUCCCAAAUCGACACAAGAGGACUUGUUGGAUAUGCUUCUCGAAACAGAGUGAACAUAGUACUCAAAUAAAAUCAAUAUUACCACUUGUUCCACUUAUUUCGGGAAAUUCCCGUGUAUAAACUGUCCGACUUCACAAGACGAGACUUCUCUCUCACCAGAAGUUCUAUAGAGUAAGUAAGUCGCUGUCUUCACAAUAACGGACCGGAUAUUAUUAUAAUAACGGAAAUCCCCCGCUCGUGAGGGUUUAAUUUAAGGGUCAAUUCUUUAACACUGGUGUUAUCUUUAUAACGAAGUAUUAAAUCUGUCCUUGCUAGCACACUUUGGAAGCAUUAUAAUCGAUUUAUUAUAAUGCACAAAAGCAUUAAACACAAGCAAAUGUGCAUAGUUGGGUUUUGCAUAG